GGUAUACACGACUAGACCCCGCGAUUUAAGUUUGCUCAGCUCUUGUACUACGACGCGAUACCGCGACGACACGAAGAAACGACGAGGAGAGCGCUGGCAGUAGAGCAGGCCAGUCCUGGCCAGACGCUUCGGCGAGCACACGCGCUCUUAACUUUUCUCUUAGCCGCCAGUUUUAUUUUUAAAUUCACGUUUCAAUUUUUUAUACUACUUUUUUUAUCAACCCAAUCAUUUUUUUGUGUUCAAUUAUUGGAUUACUUUACUUUUGUUACUUACAUCGAGAGGAUCUCACAGAUAAGACGAGACCCAGAGAACGAAAAAGGAAAAAAACAGAGCAAGAGAACGAGGAGGAGUAACGAAAAAUAAUCGAGAGACAAUGUCUUCAGUAAGAGAGAGCUCACACGUGAGCAGAAAGUACGUGAGUCAUGGCGGCGCUAUAUCCGGACAGGGCCACUCAGCGAACUCGACCAACAGCCUCGAGAACAACUUGGACGCUCUCCUAGAAGAUCUACAGACGAGUGUAUCCAGAAGUGCUACGCCCAGUGGACGGAGACCUUAUUCACCUCAAGUCGAGUACAGGACUGCUGCUAAUCCAACAAAAACAGUAACUGAAAUCAGAUCUAUUUCUCCAAUACGAACGAGCACGAGCACCAGGGAAAAGUACGUGAGCACAGGACCAAGUGGAGUAGGAAGUGGAAUACCAGGCUUGGAGGCACUGGACGCUGAAUUGCGAAACGUUCAGCCGGGACAGAGUAAGACCGUGGCAUACAAACAGGUCUCUUAUCAGUUCAACAAGAGUCAGGAUGGCAAGCCAGUAGACUCGUAUGGAACAACUGACAGAGCAUUCAGCACCAGCACUUCACCCUUCUCAGAUGACAUACAUGAGGCGAGCUAUGAAGAAAUCCAUAGGAAGCGAAAGAAUGUCGAGAAAACCACUAAGACAUCGACGGUCAACAGAGAACUCAUGUAUGGAGAUACUUAUUCGUCAUCUCGCUCGAAACAGGCAUCACCACUUCCGGGAGCACAAUCGCGAGAUGUUAAAAUAAUUCGCGAGGCAACCAGCUACCAGGAACCCAAGACAGUAUCAACUACUUACAAUACCCGGGAGCGUAUUCAAGAGUACGGAAUAGAACAGGUACCGGUGCCAUCUCCAACGCCGACGAUCCCGUUGAAUUUGGCGCCAGGUCCAAACACUAAAGUAACCACGACAAUAAAAACUUACACUUAUGAAUUACCUGGUGCUCCGGAAAUUUAUUUACCUCCUGGACACACGGGAACUGAUCAAACUGUUACUUACAAACUCGACAAAACACUCGAGAGAUCUGCGAGCCCUAUAAGAUAUACCAGCACACCCGAGAUAAAUCAAAAGUCAUCGAUACUUCACAAAGAAUCUAAAUACUACCAAGAAGAAUUACGAGGAUCUCCAACUUACAGAAAACCAAGUUCUCCCUACUCGUCGGGACCGUCGCCAACAAAUAUCGAAACAACGACAACCAGGAAGGAAAAUUUCUACAUAAAAGAUGAUCGCUAUGAAAACGGAUACUUACCAGUAGACAGAACAGACUAUCCCGGAUACCAGAACCAGCCGCCUUACACUGAAACCACAACGACGACGUUGAUUGACAGGAUCGAAGAACAUUUUCCGGACAAGCCGGGUUCGCCCUCGCGCAGUUACUACACAGCAACGCCUCCAAUUACGCCCCAAGCAACCGGUGUUUAUAAAUACACCAAGGAAUCCUACAGCAAUCACCAUCCAAGCGACCGCGAAGUACUUCUACCAAAACCCUUUCCAACUGGCACGCAACUGUACCCAGUCAAUGGAAAAGGUCCCAGUAAUGGACAGGGACCACCCGCUAAACUUGAUGAUCUUAUGGCUUCCUUCUCAGAAUCAGAGCGUGAAGUGUUAGUUGACAUAAAGCGUGAAGAGCAGAUGCAACGAAAAAACAAGUCACAAGAAAACGGGGUCCCCAAGAAAGGAGUCGACUUUAUCAGUCAUACACCUCCCAAAGUACAGAGUAAAAACGUUGCGGGUCCUCCUGUUUACUAUCCACCAGGCUCUGCGGAGUUUACCAAGAAAGAGGAAGGAGCCAUGAUGCAAGCGAGCGGCGAAUGGGCGAGGGCGAGAGGGCAGUACGAGUACGAAUCCUCAAGUAAAACUAAAACAAAACAAACCAGUGGAAAAGCUGUGGUUCCUGUAUGUCUUCCUCUCUGCUGCGCACUUCCUUGCGUUAUAAUGUAAUUUAUUAUUUAAAUAACGACAACUUACUUUUUUUUACUAACAAAAAAAAUAAUGAAUACACAUUUAAAUGUAAGUGUAUUCGAAUAAUUUAUAUCGGAGUAGUUAUAAAGUAAAAUUAAUUAUUUAAUAAUAAAUAAAAUAAUUCGUGAAAUUAUUAUAUUAAUAAUUAUAACAAUUGUGAAAAAUAUAUUGUCGGACUGACGUCAAAUAAUAUGUACACUACGGAAUUGUAUGUUGCCUAAUUGUGGAUAAUUAAUUUUUAAUAAAAUUAUUAUAGUUAAUUGUAACGACGAUUUAAUUAAUAAUAUUAAUCAACACGAAUAAUCCAAAUAAAAUUAUUGAUAGAGAAAUUAUCUUUUUUUUUAUAAUAAUUAAUGAUUUAUAUUUUAAUUUAUCAAUUUAUUUGAAUGAUAAUAAAAAAAAUUUUAAAUAAUUUUGAUUGUGACAACGAAUUAUAUUUUUUUGGCAACUAAUUUUGGAAUUUAUACUUUAACUCGGGGUAAGAAGGUCACGACCUGUGGAUAAAUAAAUUUUCAUCAUCAAAUUUAA